GACUCGGUGCUCCCUUACUGGCACUAUGACAACACGGAGAGCAUGACCGACCAGCUCCGUGAUAUGCAGUCCCGCGAGUUUGCAGCGGACAGGAGUGGGGGUGCUGCGACUGCCGGGCCGAUACGGGCCGUCAUGGCUCUGCCUUCAAACUUCGUGAUUCACGAUUAUUCCAUGCUAACUUCAUCCCAUUUCUACCCACCAAGCAAGGCCGCCUAUACCUUCCACCAGCACGCGCAAUGGCGGGCGGCAGGAAGUCAAGAUCCGCCGGCCCAGUGCCACCGUCGACCACCCUCGUUCUCGACAACGGCGGCUAUUCAAUCAAGGCGGGCUUUGUAACUGCCGACAAGACAGACGAACCCCGGGUCAUCCCCAACUGCAUCGCCCGCGACCGGCAGCGAAAGAUCUACGUUGCCUCGGACCUCGAGAAGUGCAAGGAUUUUGGCGACAUAGCCUUCCGCCGCCCCGUGGAGAGGGGAUUCAUUGUCAACUGGGAGGCGCAGAAAGAGAUCUGGGAUCACGAGUUCUUCGACGCCAAAGCCCCUCAGAAAUGCGACCCCUCCGAGACCCGACUCAUUCUCGCCGAAGCCCCAAACUCCUUGCCCGCUCUACAGUCACACUGCGACCAGAUCGUGUUUGAGGAGUACGGCUUUGCGAGUUACUAUCGCGGCAUAGGCCCGGCAUUCAACGCGUACAACGAUAUUCAAGGGAUCUUCCACACGCCACGAGAAGCAGACGCCGCCGUCGAGAUCCCGGCCGAGAUCAUCCUGCUGAUCGACUCGGGCUACUCGCACACGACAGUCAGCCCAAUACUCCAAGGCCGGCCCCUCCACCCGGCCAUCCGCAGGCUCGACGUCGGGGGCAAGCUCAUGACGAACUACCUCACGCGCCUCCUCUCCGUGCGCCACUUCGACAUGCGAAACGAGACGCACAUCGUCAACGAGAUGAAGGAGAAGGCCUGCUACGUCUCGCUCGACUUCAAGGGCGACCUGGAGAAGACGUGGAAGGGCACCCGCGGCGAGCGCCGCGAGCCGUACCUGACCGGCGCCGGCAUCGCAAAGGACUACGUCCUGCCCGACUCGCACACCCGCUUCAAGGGCAUCGUCCGAGACUACGACCCCGCCGCGUCAUCCCGAGCGCGUCGUCCCGGCGGCGCCGGCGGUGGCGGUCCCGCCGCCCCCUCGAACGAGGACGUGAUCACGCUGCGCAACGAGCGCUUCACCGUCCCGGAGCUCCCGUUCAGCCCGUCGGACAUAGGGAUGCGGCAGCCCGGGCUCGCGGACCUUGUGAUGCAGUCGCUCGCGGCGCUGCCGGCGGGCCUGUGGCCGGCGCUGCUGGCCAACAUGGUCGUGGUCGGCGGCAACGCGCUGCUCGACAACUUCAUCCAGCGCCUGCAGACAGAGGUCCUGCAGCGCGUCCCCGACGACUGCAUCGUCCGCGUCGCGCGCCCGCCCGACCCCGUCGCGAGCACGUGGCUCGGCGCAGCCGGGUUCGCGACACAUCCGCACGCCGAUAGGCUUGCUGUCACGAGGGAGGAGUACGAGGAGAACGGCGCGGCGUGGGUGGCGAGGAAGUUCGCUGCUGGUCUUGGGGCUGAUUAGGCGGUGUGUUGUUCUUGACACAGACGGGGCGCUAGUUCUCCUCGUUGGGGAGAAUUGGUCUUCGCCGUUGACAGGCAUAUCAGGUGCCGACCGCUACCUCGGAGAAAGGGCCGCUGUUCCUACGUCAGGGAUACCGUUUGAACCCUCGGACGUUGAAUGCCAUUUACGACAGAGCUGCUACCAGAUCGAGCAGACUUUGGCGCCGACUCACCGUGUUGGAGACCUCGAUGCUGAUGGCCACACACUCUCAAGCCUACCAUUCUUGCCAGUGAUUAGGUCAGAGACGAUUCGAUGAGC